UACAGACCUUGAGUGAGUUGGGUGAUCAAGUGUGUGUUUUUUUUAGACUGAAAUGGGAAGAGCACCUUGCUGUGAGAAAGUGGGGUUGAAAAGGGGGAGAUGGACUGCAGAAGAAGAUGAGAUCUUGACCAAGUACAUUCAAGCUAAUGGGGAAGGUUCUUGGAGGUCUAUGCCCAAGAAUGCUAGGUUACUUAGGUGUGGGAAAAGAUGCAGACUGAGAUGGAUUAACUACUUGAGAUCUGGCUUGAAGAGAGGCAACAUAUCUUCUGAAGAAGAAGAAAUCAUCAUUAAAUUGCACUCUACUUUGGGCAAUAGGUUAGUGCAGCAUUCCCUCAUUAUCUUUCCAACAAAAAAUCUGUACACAUAAUCUAUGAUGUGAA